CGGCCGCCGGGCGGCCUGCAGCGCGUUGCACGGCGCAGGAUGGAGACGGUGGUGAUGGUUGCCAUUGGGGUGCUGGCCACCAUCUUCCUGGCUUCGUUUGCGGCCCUGCUCGCCGUGUGCCGCCAACGCUACUGUCAUCCACGUGGCCUGCUGCAGUGCUACGACAUCAACCCGCUCCUUUCCAGACCUGGGGUGGACCUGAUCGGUGCCAUGGAGACGCAAUCCGAGCCCUCUGAGCUGGAGCUGGACAACGUGGUCAUCACCAACCCCCACAUCAAGGCCAUCUUGGAGAAUGAGGACUGGGUUGAGGAUGCAUCCGGACUGGUGUCUCACUGCAUCGCCAUCCUGAAGAUCUGCCACACGCUGACAGAAAAGCUGGUUGCCAUGACGAUGGGCUCAGGAGCCAAGAUGAAGCCUCCUGCCAGCCUCAGUGACAUCAUCGUGGUGGCGAAGCGGAUCAGCCCUAGAGUGGAUGACGUUGUGAGGUCCAUGUACCCGCCUUUGGACCCAAAGCUACUGGAUGCCAGAACCACGGCCCUGCUCCUGUCUGUCAGCCACCUGGUCCUGGUGACCCGGAACGCCUGCCACCUGACUGGCGGCCUGGACUGGAUUGACCGCUCUCUGUCCGCAGCCGAGCAGCACAUGGAAGUUCUUCGUGAAGCGGCUCUGGCUUCCGAGCCGGAAAGACCCCUUCCUGGAGCUGACAGCCUUCUGCAGGAGCAGUCAGCCAUCUGAUGGAUGGGCAGACAGACGGCCCCACCUUAAUCGCCUCCAUUCCCUCUGGGAACACUUGGGGUCAGAGAGGAGCAAGGCCCAUCCAAGUAGGCAUUACCCUGGCUCCUCUACCCCCUUACAUCUCCCUGCAACCCCUAGGGCCUGGUGCAGCAUCUGACAGCUGUGCCUAUGUCUGUGUCCGGGUCAUUGCCAUUUGAAUCCCUGGGCUUGUUUGUUUUUGUGUUUCCAGGUCCAUAUAUCUGUUUGUGUCUGGGGUGGGGAUGAGAGGGGUGGUUACUAUGUGUCCAUGCAACUGCAGUCGAAGCCCCUGGGCCUGUGUGUGUCUUAUGUCCUGGUGACAUCACCUGUGUGUCUGUGUCCGUGUGUCUCUGGGUGUGUUAAUGUGUGCAUAUUGUAUCCGUUUGUGACUGCCAAUCUCCUCCUUGAACCUCUUACUACUUGCCUUAGUGCUACUGCCCAGCUGAGUCCCACCCUCCGUAGUGCUGGGAUUGGAGCCCUUGCAAAUCACCACACUUUGCAGCACAGGUCUUGCAGGGGUGGGGAGCAGGCGGGCAAUGCCAGUGGCCGGGCCCGAGUUCCCUAUCCUCUGCCCUCUGUCCCAACUAUCUGUAAGCAGGAAGACCUGUCAGAGAUCCCAUGUCCUCUCUCCCGCCCUCUCCAGGGGCCCUUCUGCUCUGGGACAGUGGACAGCAGGCCACCUGCCCGGUGGCAGUGGCUCUGCUCAAUCUCAGGCCCAGCUUGCACUGCAGAGCCAGGACUGUCAGGGCCAUAGCUGGACAAUCAACGGGAGGGGCAUCCAGAAGUCCGGAUUGCCCACUCUGGAGAAGAUCCUCCUUGCUAGAUCCCCAGGGUAGGCCCCAGACCUUCCUCCACCCACACCCCCUCCCUGGAGAGGCCAGACCACCCGAUGGCUUUGGUAGAUUGUUUCCAGGUGCCAGAAGCUGAUAAUAAAGCAGAUUUAGGCUUGUC